CGCUGACCCUCGACCCCGGGGAGCCCUCAGGGUAACCCCUGCCGUGACCUCGACCCCUGCGCCUCCCCCCCAAGACGAUGGAAGCCGCCGCCGGAGCCGCGUCCCCGGAGGGGAAGAGGAAGAGAUUCACGCUGCGGCCGGACGACCCCGCCGCCCCGCCGGUGCCAUCGCUCUUCAAAGCCUCCGCAGCCUCCGGCCCCCCGGAAAAACCGCCGGAGCCGGAGCCGGAACCAGCCCGGCCGGGGCCUCGCUCGUACGCCGAGUACGUCGUGAAACGAACGGCCGCCUCGGCGCUGCCCGCGGCACCCACGGCGCCCGCGGCACCUGCAGGUGAGGCCGGGCCGGCCCCCGGGGACCCUGGUGGCCCCGGGGACCCUGGUGGCCCCGGGGACGUGGCCCCGCUGCCCCCGCUCAAGCCGGGCGUCAAGAGCAGCAGCAUCAUCGUCAGCCCCCGGCAGCGGGGGAACCCGGUGCUGAAGUUCGUGCGCAACGUGCCCUGGGAGUUCGGCGACGUCGUCCCCGACUACGUGCUGGGCCAGAGCGCCUGCGCCCUCUUCCUGAGCCUGCGCUACCACAACCUCAACCCCGACUACAUCCACGAGCGCCUGCGCCGCCUGGGCAAGACGUACGCGCUGCAGCUGCUGCUGCUGCAGGUCGACGUGAAAGACCCCCACCGGGCCCUGAAGGAGCUGGCGAAGAUGUGCAUCCUGGCCGACUGCACCCUCAUCUUGGCUUGGAGCCCCGAGGAGGCCGGGCGCUACCUGGAGACCUACAAGGCCUACGAGCAGAAACCGGCCGACCUGCUCAAGGAGAAGGUGGAGCAGGGCUUCCUCUCGCGGAUGACCGACUGCCUGACCAGCGUCAAGUCGGUGAACAAGACGGACGCCGCGAGCCUGCUCACCACCUUCGGGUCGCUGGCCGCCGUGGUGGGCGCCUCCAGGGAGGACCUGUCCCUCUGCCCCGGCGUCGGGCCGCAGAAGGUGAGCGGGGCGGCUCGGCGGGAGGGAGCCGGCGGCCUUCGCCGCCCUUCCCGCGCCGCCUUCUCCCCUUUUUCCAGGCCAAGAGGCUCUUCGACGCCCUGCACGAGCCCUUCCUGAAGGCCCCCAAGUGAGCGGGCGCCCCGCGCUCGGGGCGCAAAGACCUUUUUAUUCGCCUAAUAAAACGGCGCCCAACG